AUGCGCGGUCGCCUUUGUGUGGGUCGAGCGGCGGCGGCGGCGGCGGCGGCAGUGACCGUGGCGGUCCCACUGGCAGGCGGGCUAGCGGGAAGUCCGGGUGGCGUCCGGCGUGGGAGCCGGGGGACCACCAUGGUAAAGAAGCGGAAAGGCCGCGUGGUGAUCGACUCGGACACGGACAGCGGCAGCGAUGAAAACCUGGAUCAGGAGCUCUUGUCCCUGGCAAAGCGGAAACGCAGUGACUCUGAGGAGAAGGAGCCCCCUGUGACUCAGCCUGCAGCCUCCUCGGACUCGGAGACGUCGGACAGCGAUGAUGAGUGGACGUUUGGGAGCAAUAAAAAUAAGAAGAAAGGAAAGGCCAGAAAAAUAGAGAAGAAAGGAACCAUGAAGAAACAGGCCAAUAAAACAGCUUCCUCGGGCAGUUCGGACAAAGACAGCUCAGCUGAAAGCUCAGCCCCCGAGGAAGGUGAAGUGUCUGAUUCUGACAGCAACAGCUCCUCCUCGAGUUCAGACUCAGACUCUUCUUCAGAAGACGAAGAGUUCCAUGAUGGCUACGGAGAAGACCUCAUGGGAGAUGAGGAAGACAGGGCUCGUCUGGAGCAGAUGACGGAGAAGGAAAGAGAGCAGGAACUGUUCAACCGCAUAGAGAAGAGGGAGGUGUUGAAAAGAAGAUUUGAAAUCAAGAAAACUAAAACAGCCAAAAAGAAAGAAAAGAAAGAAAAAAAGAAAAAGCAAGAAGAAGAGCAGGAAAAAAAACUGACACAGAUUCAGGAAUCUCAGGUAACAUCCCACAACAAGGAACGGCGUUCUAAGCGGGAUGAGAAACUAGAUAAGAAAUCUCAAGCCAUGGAGGAGCUAAAAGCAGAGAGAGAGAAACGGAAGAACAGAACAGCUGAGCUCCUCGCCAAAAAACAGCCAUUAAAAACCAGUGAGGUGUACUCUGACGAUGAGGAGGAAGAAGAGGACGACAAGUCCAGUGAGAAGUCGGACCGCUCAUCCCGAACGUCGUCGUCUGAUGAAGAGGAAGAGAAAGAAGAGAUCCCUCCAAAGUCACAGCCAGUCUCCUUACCUGAAGAAUUGAAUCGGGUUCGAUUAUCACGGCAUAAGCUAGAGCGUUGGUGUCAUAUGCCCUUCUUCGCUAAGACUGUCACAGGGUGUUUCGUACGAAUUGGCAUUGGAAACCACAACAGCAAACCAGUUUACCGGGUCGCUGAGAUCACGGGUGUUGUGGAAACCGCUAAGGUUUACCAGCUUGGUGGCACCAGAACAAACAAAGGGCUACAACUACGGCAUGGCAGCGACCAGCGGGUAUUCCGCCUGGAGUUUGUCUCGAACCAAGAAUUCACUGAAAGCGAAUUCAUGAAGUGGAAAGAGGCGAUGUUCUCUGCCGGCAUGCAGUUGCCCACUCUAGAUGAAAUCAAUAAGAAGGAAUUAUCUAUUAAAGAAGCUCUUAAUUAUAAAUUCAAUGAUCAGGACAUUGAAGAGAUUGUAAAAGAGAAAGAAAGGUUCAGGAAAGCUCCACCCAACUAUGCUAUGAAGAAGACUCAGCUGCUAAAGGAAAAGGCCAUGGCUGAGGACAUGGGGGAUCAGGACAAGGCCAAACAAAUCCAAGACCAGCUGAAUGAGCUGGAGGAGCGGGCAGAGGCCCUGGACCGCCAGCGGACCAAGAACAUAUCUGCUAUCAGUUACAUCAACCAGCGGAACCGGGAAUGGAACAUUGUGGAGUCUGAGAAGGCCCUUGUGGCUGAAAGUCACAACAUGAAAAACCAACAGAUGGAUCCCUUUACCAGGCGGCAGUGCAAACCGACCAUCGUGUCUAAUUCCAGAGACCCUGCUGUUCAAGCUGCCAUCUUGGCCCAGCUGAAUGCAAAAUACGGUUCUGGGGUGUUACCAGAUGCUCCAAAGGAAAUGAACAAGGGUCAGGGAAAGGAUAAAGAUUUGAAUUCUAAGUCAGCCAACGACCUCUCAGAAGACUUGUUCAAAGUACAUGAUUUCGAUGUGAAGAUUGAUUUACAGGUUCCCAGCUCAGAGUCAAAGGCUUUGGCCAUCACCUCCAAGGCUCCACCAGCCAAGGAUGGGGCUCCACGGAGAUCUCUGAACUUGGAAGACUACAAAAAACGACGGGGGCUCAUCUGAGCGCACCCAGCCUGCUGCUUCUGACCCCGCAUGCCCCAUCAGUGUCCCACCGUUCCUCUUUUCCUUUGAUUUGCCCUGUUUGGGCUGGAGCAGCAGUAGAAACUGGGAAGAGACUCUAAACUGCCAGUCGCCUGUAAUAUAAACCAUUAACUGUAUAGACCCCCCCUUGUCCACACCAUCUCCCCAUCAACACCCCCUCCUGCCCGGGCCUCAUGCAGUGUGGAUCUGGGCUCUUGGGCUUUAUCCAUGUCUUCAGAUUUGUGUUUGCCUUUUUUUUUUUUAACUGGCACAGUUCAUUGGCCACUCUGCACGCAUUCAGUAUUACCGUGGAGCUGGGGUUCUCGCGGAGCCCCUGGUGGUGAUAGCAGCAGCACUGGGCAGUCUCCUCUCGGUUGCCUUGGACCCAAACCUUGAACGUUUGGCACUGGCCCUUGUGGAGGGAGUGGGUUCUGAGCACCGGCGGUUCUCCUUCCUCUCUUCAUCUUUCUCUUCUUCCCAUCUCUGCAGAAGAGGGGUUUUCAAAACCAAUUUAGUUUCCAAAAAGUGUACAUUUGUGGGGAGGGAGGGGGGUCUGUUUGUGAGAGAGAGUGUAUGUGUGUGUAUGUCUGUAAGCGUGUGGGUUUUUUAUCGUUUUUUUUUAAAUGCAGUAAUCUUUGUAUCAGUCUGUCAUGGGUCUAUAGCUGUUUCAGAUUUUUUUCAGCUGUACUUGAGCAUCUGAAACUGCAAGAAAGAAACUCAUUAAAUGUGAUUCUUCUUACUAAACAGGCCUGGCUGCUGUAGCUGUGUAACUUCCUCUUCCCUACCUCCUCCUCUUCCUCGUCACCUCCCCACCUCAGAGAAAACUCCUCGGUUUCUGCCCCUCCCCUGCGGGUUCGGCCCCUCCCCUGCCGGCUGUGUCCUAUGUCCUGGCAGGCUGGUGGGAGGGAAGCCCAUGGCCAAGUUCCCAAGUUCCGGGGCGGUCAGGGCAGAGCAGGGCAGGGCAGGGCGGGCGUCUAACUUUUCCCAUGGGUAUGGCCGCAGCUUCUUGGCUGAACGCAGAGUGAAUCUUUUUCCCACCCCUUGUACUUGUCUCUUUCUGGUGAUUCUGUUUUGCCAUUUCAGUAAGCAUAAUAUUUUGUUCUCAAGAGAAAGUAUUCAACGUGAUGAGGAGAGAACGAACACAAAACAAUUUAGGCUGCAGAUGUUACAAGCAUGUGCGGUUUUGUGUGUGUGUGUGCAUAUAUAUAUGGUGAGCCCGGGUGGAGCCGGCAAAGAAGUGUGUGUGUCUUUAUGAAAUGUUUGAAAAGAGAUAAGCUGACUGCUUGAUAAUCAUUCUCAGGUGUAAAGCUCCAAGUGUAAAUAAAAGUGGCAUUUAACAAAUCUUUUCAGAACAAAGUACAGCUGACUAUAUAUACCAAGAACUAAGCUAAAGAAACAGCUGAGAGCUGCUGAUUUCCACAAAGGGGAGAGGGACCUAGAAGCUCUGCUUUGCACUUCUUCCUUUUCUGUAGGGAAGUGGGGUGAUGGGAAAUCGUGGAGUUAAGUUGUAUUUAAACAUAAAAAUGAACUUGCUAACUCUUCUGGGUUUAGUAGAGCCUCAGUGUUGCUUUAACUUAGUUUACACUUUUUUAUUUUAAAAAAGCAGUAAUGGAUGGUUUUUAAAAGUAUCGUGAUUGUAAAAUUGAUAAAUAUGACUGUCACACAGCUAUGUGGCAGCUGUGACAGUUCAUUGGUCUGGAGGAGUGGUGAUGGGCUCAUUAAAAUCAUCCAUACUUGAACAGCCCAUUGACCGGAACCCUUUGUACACUGUUGUGUAAAUGCGGAAUCACAGACUGUUAACAGUGGACUCUGGUGGAGUCCGGGAGGCUGCUGGGACCUCUCCUAUCAUGACAAAUGUGGUUUUUUCUUUCUGUUUUUAAAAGACAUGAAAUUAUAGAAUCCAUAUAAUUUGCUGGAGUCAUUCUGAUUCACCAUGUAGAUCUGUAUUUAAUAUCAUUUGAAUUUGGAGAAGUGUCGAUUACAUUAUGGCUGUGUAAUAAAAUUUUUAUUAAAACUGCAUCACACUGUAGCCACUUCACCAUUACCUCCCCACAUGCAGCUGCUGAAACUUUCGUUCUGAGACGCCAAAAUAGCAGGGAGAAAAGCCAACCAAAGAAGACCGAAAGUUAACUCGUCACCUGAGUAGCCUGCUUGGUGAUUGGAAUCAAGACCGAGGACUUGGCCCCAGUCUCAGCUGAGGCAGGGCCUCUGAACUGAGAGCCCGACCAGGCCUAAGACGUGAAAUUACAGAAUCGGCGGGGCUUCAUGGUAUUUCUUGUGCUGGGAAAAAGCUGCAGAGGCCCCCCACUGCGUACGCCACCUCCCCCCACAACAUGGUUUCAGUGUUGAAGGGUGCAGUACCUAAGGCUGUUUUAUACAUUUUCACUUCCUUCCAAGAAACGAAAAGGCCAGUGUCCAUAUGCCUAACUCAUGAUGUAUGGGUCUGUUUGUCUGUCUUGCUUCUGACAGGUGCAGGGAAAGUCUACGCCUGCAACUUCCCUCAAAAAAGAAUGCUUUGUUUUCUUUGUUUCUGUUGUAAAAUCCUGACCUGUCACUCAAACUGUACAAAUAUUUGUAAAUAAAUUUUAUGCCCUGUUUUUAACAAGA